AUGUAAAAGAGAUAAUUGAUAGAGGAUUUUGCAGAAUCUAAAUAUUUUGAUAAUGAUGAUGAGAAAUUGACAAAUGAGCAAGUAAGGAACAGAGAGAUGGAACAAUAAAAAAAAGAGGAAGUAGAAGAUGAUGAAAUAGAUCCUUUGGAUACUUUUAUGCAAGAUAUAGAGAAAUAAUAUUAAUAAGAAUUGGCUUAACCUAAAAAUGUGAAAAAAUUUGAAGUUGAAUAAUUUGAAAAUGAAGAUCCAAUCUUAUCAUAAUAUGAAAUAAUCAAAUAAAAUAAAUUGAAUUAAUAAAGUAAUCCAGUUUGUAUAUGAUAAGAAAAAUAAAAGCAAUUAAAUGGUGAAAGUGAGGAUUCUAUGCCAAGUGAUUUUGAUGUAGAUGAAAUAGAUGAGGCAGAGAAAAAGAAAAAAAAUAUAGAACCUUUACAACCAAUAGAUCACUCUUAAAUCUAAUAUGAGGAAUUUGAAUCAAAUUUCUAUUAAGAACAUGAAGAAAUAGCUAAUUUAAGUGUAACUCAAGCAGAGAAAAUUAAGAGAGAAUAUUAAAUACAUAUUAAAGGCAAUAAUGUACCAAAACCUAUAAUAUCAUUUGGCCAUCUCUAAUUAGACUAAAAAUUAGUCAAUAAAAUAGUAGCUUAAAAUUUUGAGAAGCCAACUGCUAUUUAAAGUUAAGCCUUACCUUGUGUAUUGUCUGGAAGAAAUGUAAUUGGAGUAGCAAAAACAGGGUCAGGUAAAACUAUAGCAUAUGUUUGGCCAAUGCUUGUUCAUGUGAGUGCAUAGAGGGCAGUAGAGAAAAAAGAAGGUCCUAUAGGUUUAGUUGUAGUACCUACAAGAGAAUUGGGAUAAUAAGUCUUUUUGGAAACUAAAAAAUAUGCUUAGUUAUUUCAAAUAAGUGUCAGUGCUUUAUUGGGAGGUGAAAAUAAACAUCAUUAAUGGAAAGAACUGAGAGCAGGUGUAGAUAUAAUAAUAGCUACACCAGGUAGAUUGAUUGAAAUGGUAAAGAAGAAGGCAACAAAUUUACAAAGAUGUACUUAUGUUGUUUUGGAUGAAGCUGAUCAAAUGUUUAGUUUAGGCUUUGAAUAUUAAAUUAGAUCUAUAAUAAAUCAAAUAAGACCUGAUAAAUAAAUAUUGUUGUUUACUGCUACAAUGAAAAAGAAGAUUAGAUAAUUAUGUGUAGAUAUGUUGAUUGAUCCUAUUGUUAUUACAAUAGGUGAGAAUGAAAAUUAAGUAAAUGAAGAUAUAAAAUAAAUCCCUGUUAUUGUUGAUGAUGACGAAGGAAGAUUGAGAUGGUUAUUGUAGAAUUUGAAAACUUAUUUAUAAAAUGGGAAAGUAUUAAUAUUUGCAAAUUAAAUGGGUUAAUGUGAAUCAUUGCUUUCAGAAAUCAAAUAAAGAUUGGGAGUUUAAGGACUUACUUUAUAUGGUGAUAAAUUAUAAUAUGAAAGAACUUUAAUUAUUAAUCAAUUCAAAUAAAAUGUCCAUUUACUAAUUGCUACAGAUAUAGCAUCAAGAGGAUUAGAUAUUAAAGAAAUAAGAACGAUCAUUAAUUAUUUUCCUCCUAAAGAUGCUGAUAUAUAUAUUCAUAGAAUAGGAAGAACAGGAAGAGCUGGAAAUUGCGAUGGUGUAGCCUAUUCAUUAGUGCAAAAAUAAGAUUGGAAAUUUGCAAUAAUGUUGGUAAGAAGCAUCGAAUUAGCAGGACAGAUUGUACCUUAGGAAUUAGAAGAAAUUGCAAAUUUGGAUGAUCACUUUAAAAUGGAUAGAAUGAAAAAGAAAAUGGGGUAUGAUUAUGCUAGAGGUAAAGAUGCAAGCAAGAUUCUCCAUUAGGCUCUUAAAAGAUAGACUAAUUCAAAAGCUGGAUUAGGAUUUGAUGAACAAGAACCUAAAAAAUAAAAAAAAAUAUAAUAAUAAUAGAAUAAUCCAGAAAAUCCAGUUAAAAUUCUACCAGUUGUGACUUUGGCAUAACCUACAAAGUCUAUUGGACAAUUUAAAAAUAAAUGGUAAGAUUUCAAUCCUUAUGAAAACUAUGACAAUUAUGCUGCCACUGUUGCUGUACCUGGUUAAUUAGAGAGGGAUCAAGUUAUCUAACAUUUUUAGGAAUAAAUGCGAGGAUAAUUUAGAGCUGGAUUCAAAUCUGGAGGUGUUGCUUAAACAACUAAUAAGAAACCCGUUGUUAAAUUUUUAAAUGAUCCUAAUAAUUAGUAGAAGAAAUAAUGAU